AUGUCUCACGCCUGGCUCGACGACCUCUCUGAGGACUGGCCUUCGCAGCCAGCAUCACCAGAGAGAUCCAAAACUUCGACGAGAAACGGCACAGCGACAUCCAGCUUCAGGUCUCCUGGGACUAAGAUUCCUCAACCGCUCAGCAGCCAGGCCGCCGAGAGAAAGUUCGCCCACACGUCCGCACAGAACAGUAGUGUGGUUCUCAACGAGCGAACCCCCAGCGACAUCAACAUCCCCGUCUCCUCCGUCAACAGGAACACGCCCUCGAAACUCUCUCGUGAGAUCAGGCAGCCUUCCUGGCGCGGCCACCGCGCAACCAAGUCCGAUUUCGAAUCGCCCGCCGGCUCCGUCGUACACAACACCGUGCAGCACAGGUCCAGCAGCUCAUCGCCGGGCAAGGACAAAGGCAAUACACCAGAAUGGAGGCGCAGACUAAUUCAUGGCGAUUUCGCCUAUGGCGAGCAGCGGGACCUGUUUACAUCUGCAGCCAACGGCCUGGAGGGAAUGUUCAAGCCACCCGUGCCGAGCGCACCAAGCCGAGCUUCUUUUGCGCAGCCAGCAGCUGGCGCCGACGAAGACGAUGACGACGGCCGGCCGCCUCGAAGUGGAAUAACCAUUCCUUCCAGCCCGCCUGCGCCCGCCCAAAAGUAUACCGGUGACGAGAGCUACAGCGAUCAAUCCACCGAUGAGGAACUACCCGUGCAAGAGCAGCCUAGUCAGCCCCGAAGUCAACAAAUUAGAUACAGGUUAAACGACGAAGCCUCGGUGGACUUUAGCCAGAACAGUGUCAUGUCCAGCCCCCCGCGAUAUUCCCCCGGCCGAUCAAGCCAGCUGUCGCCCUUCUCCAGGCCCCUGCAGGUGCCGGACAAUGGGUCACGGAGGGUUAGCAAUCAGAGUGCAGCCCAGCACGAGGACUUCAGCCCUAUCCUGAUCGCCAAAAAAAGCAGUGACGACGGGAAAAUUGACUUUGAACCGGUGGGCUUCUCUCCAUCAGAACUACAGCAGCGUCUGGAGAAAUUACGAGUCAGGCCUUCGGUCAGCGAUUCAGAAGAGGACAGCUCGCAGGUUGUGAGAAGAUCCCGCAACUCAGAUGCCGCAGAGGACUCCAAAGAGCUCAACAGCUUCGUCAAUGCUCGUGGAGGAGGUCCCUCUGACGAGUACUCUUUCCUGCAUCACCCAGUCCCGUCAGGGUUUCGAAACGUAUCAGACAUGUUUCCAGAAUCCUCUCUGCAGGCGAGCACGCCGAAACAAUUUCCGAGCAUACGCAUACAUGAGCCAGACAGCUUUCAUUUGCAGGCUCAGACCCCAUCUGUUCCCGCGGCUCCGUUUCCGAGCCCGGAGAAGAAGGCGCUUCAGGCUGCCGUCGCGAGUAGCAGUCCGCUGAAAUUAUUUGGGCCGUACGAUACGUUUACCAAUAAGACGUUUCAGGCACGAAUCGAACAAAUUGAGAAACGAAACGCUUCGCCUGGCUCGGAGCAUGAUAACCUGGACGACGAGCGAAAAGUAUCGGUGGAUAUGUUGAGGCACAUGGUCCAGCCAGCCUCUCCCAAAGAGCCUCUUAAACAACCUACUCGGUCCUUCAGUCAAUUUGGUGCGGGAGAGUUGGAUGGUUAUGCGUUCAAGGAGGAUUUCACCCGGCUCUCGAACGACUCGGGAGACGGAUCAAUUGUACACCAUUCAGUCUCGUUCGAACCUCCGACCAACUUCUCACCGCCGCCCGCCAAUAAUAUUGUGAUUGGCAAGCGCCGUCAGAAGUCAGAGUCUACGCCUUCGACACAGGGCACGACUACCUCGCGGGAGUUCGGUGGACGGCCAAUGCAAACACUCCCCACACCUAGCCCAGGAGAUCUGGCUGCGGAAAUCAAGAGACACCGGACUUCGCCCACGAAGAACCCAACACCGAAACGCAGAAGAACCCUUCACCAGUCCGACAUAGCGUUUGGCGUUGAAAACGACCUGUUGUUGGAGCCACCGUAUGACACCAUGCCCACGCAGCUUCUGGUUGGCAAGCGACGCAAGGAUGCAGGCGCCGGCGACAAGCAACGAAAAGCCAAUGGCAAUCUUCUAGCAUCUCGACAGCUACCACGUCCACGGACGCCAACUCCGAGUCAGCCAUCAUCUCUCCGACGAGAAGUCCACCGCAGCCCGGAUAGCUUCCUAGAGCAAGAAAUCGCCAAAUUGCCGCGCAAACCUCAGACCCAAGUGGCGUCUACUGACGAGAGGAAGCCUUCCAUUAGAACCGAAGACUAUCUCAAUGCAGCACAUCGAAUCAUGGCAGCCCUCAGGCGCAAAACCGGUCUACCGAGUGGUUCCGCAAGCUUGGAAGAAUCUGAAGAGGAAUUUCACAGGAACUUUAGCAACUACACUGUCGAUAAUGCUUCGAUUCAAGAUUCGACCCGAGAGAAAUUGUCGCGGCCGCCUAGUCGAGAGGGACAGCCAAUUCCAAGGGCAGCUAAGAGACAAGAAGACCCCAUCUUGGUGAAUCAUCUCAAGCAAUAUGAGGAGCAUAGCGAUAUGGACGAUAUUAUCGCCGCCUCCUUGCGCUCGCUCGGUGUUUCCAAGGAGGACAUCAAGGCCGUCAAGGCCUUGGAGGAGGAAUCUCGUGGCUCCAGGUCCGAGAAUUCAGACCUCGGAAUGCUGGAAGACAGCGUGGUCGUCAGCCACCCGCCAUUCCUCCCGUUCUCGAGGAACACCAACCGAUAUGAGAACUCGACAGCCGCAGAACAAGUGGAACGCUUCCGCGGCCGGUUUCCCUCCAACACGUCUGGAUCGGAGUCUGGAUACUCGACAGUCCGGACGGGCUCGUCGCGGAACUCGGAUACCAGAAGGACGAUUGCUCCCGAGAGUGUGUCCCAUCUUAUCCCUGACCAGGUCGGCAGCAUGGUCCUUGAUAAGGAGCGCAAUGUAUGGGUCAAGGCCAGAGUUCCACAGGCAACACGCCACAGGCGCAGCAGCACAUUGUUGUCGGAAAACAGUGACGACGACCCAUUUGCCGACAUUCCUGACCUGACUGUGGAUGUAUCCAAAGAGCUGCAAAAUUUGAGGGACAGAAUGGCGCAGGGCGCAGCAAACGCGCGAGCCACCGAAGCUGAAAUGGCCGCCAAAGGUCAAGGCAGGCUCGAUCAGAGUGGCAUUUUGAAGCCGAUACUGGUGAGAGAUUCUGGAGAUAGACUGGGCAAGAACAGCACGUCAAGAACGCCCAGCAGGCUGAUUGACCAGUUCGUUGAGACUGAUGACGAGGACGUGGAGAAAGAAAUCACCAUACACAACGAUCGUCUUGAUGAGGCCUCGCCAAAGCGGCGACCACAGGUCAAUUUCUCGUCACCCGUGUCCAUCGUCAUACAGGAUGCACACGCCAGCGGCGGGAUGUCUGACGACCAGGACGCCAGCGUUGUUGAACCCAUCAUGUUGAAUUUGUCCCAACCUAAGGCGCGAAAUGGUGGGCGGAACGUCUCGUUCCAGUCGAUCAAUAACAGCAGCAACAGCAAUGAGAACAUUGCACGGCCACGAAGCUCCUCCAGCGCACCAUCGCGACACAUGCCGGUCCAAGGAGAGAAUUUUGUGCCCCAACCGGUCUCUGUUAUUGAAGAACAGGAUGAAGAUAGCCAGGGCGGAAAGGCUGGCGGCAGCAGGGAGCUCAGCAUUGUCCUUGAACAAAGUCUUGCGGACCCGAAGUUGCCAAACCCUAAGCCUCGUCAGACCAGUCUGAGCAUCUUGGUGACAACUCCAGCUCGGCCACAAGCACAGCCUCGACCAGAGAACGCAGAGAUCAUCGGCCAUUAUGUCGGGGAUCUUUCGCUGACUCCUUUACCCGACUUCACAGCCCAUCAAGACCAAUCGUAUGCCUUGGAAGUAAGCUACGUACUUGGUGACCACAACCUCGUCACCGGUGAUGGGUCGAAACAGCACAUGUCUCAAGCCGUUCGCCAUCUGGUUGAUAAGAUUGCAGAGGUCGAAGCCUUCGAGCCUUUCUGGGAAGACAUGAAGGAGAUCGAACUCCGAGACAAGAACCUAGACAGCCUGCACAUGCUCGAUCGGUUCUGUGGGCGACUUGUGAGAGUGGAUGCUUCUCAGAAUUCGAUCCGGGCUCUGGAUGGCAUCCCGUCAAGUGUCCGUGAGCUGAAGGUCUCUCACAACAUGCUGAGCGACCUGUCUGCGUGGGACCGUCUCGCAAACCUGCAAUACGUCGACAUUUCAGGCAACAAAAUCAGAAGCCUCUCUUCCUUCCGAAAUCUGGUGCACCUGCGGGAUCUAAUUGCAGACAAUACUGGCUUGGCCAACUUGGACGGCAUCAAGUACCACGAGGCCCUGCUGACCAUCCGAGCCAGAGGCAACGACAUUGAAGAAGUUGACUUUGACGGCACAUGCUUACAGAGACUCGCGAGUCUUGACCUCGAGGGCAACAAGAUUCGGCAAGUUGAGAACUUGCACGAGCUCUCGUCACUGUCCUAUCUCAACUUGAGGGGCAACCAGAUGGUCGAAUUUGCUCCCAAGGAGAACACGCCUCUGAAGCAUCUCGUGAUCAGUGACAACAAGCUGCGCAGCCUCGACGUGACUGCGAUGGCAAGCCUUCAUACGGUCUAUGCGGAUCGCAACAAGCUGACAACCGUGCAUGGUCUACGCCACACACGGCAUUUGGACACCCUGUCACUUCGAGAGCAGGGCGGAUCCAGACCAUUUGACAUGGCCACGCUCGCUCGGGCGUAUGAAGUGCGGAAACUGUUCCUCUCUGGUAAUCGCCUCGGACUGUUCAGUCCACCUCGCAAUUUCUUGAACCUUCAGCUUCUGGAUCUGGCGAACUGCGGCCUCCAGCGACUACCCGAUGAUCUGGGCCAAAUGAUGCCCAACCUGCGGGUAUUGAACCUCAACUUCAAUGGCUUCUCGGACAUCAGCGGCAUCCUGGGGAUCCCGAGGUUGAAGCGUCUCUUCCUCGCAGGGAAUCGAUUUGCAGACCUGAAAUCCCUCCUCAAGAUACUUGCCGAGUUCCCCUCGCUGGCGGAGGUCGAUCUUCGGGACACCUUCCUCACACAGGGCUUCUACCCAACGGUGCAAAUGGUAAUUCACAGGAAUGGGAAUACCUGUCAGCCAGCCAUCGAUCCGUUCAGACUGCCCGACGCAGAUGCGGGGCGUGAUGCCAAAUUCUGUUGCCUUCUUGAUAUGGACACGAGGAUUCAACGCCGCACCUAUGAGCGGAAGAUGGUCAAGGCUUGUGCACAACUCCAAAAAUUGGACGGUCUGUCGGUAGACAAGAGGGUCAGGCAUGUCAAGGACAUCGUAUGGAGGACGAUGGUUGAGAGGGGCCUGCUGUUGAGGCCGGAUGGUUCACCAUUUGACCUGUCGAUGUUCGCAUUGGACGAAGGACCGUCGUCAUCAUACAUUGCUGACGUGGACUCGGAGAAAAGCAGCAACACCCUUAAGGGGAGGCGAGAAGGGUGA